AUGGCUUCAAAAGGGGUCCUUGCGGUUGCUUUUGUACUGGAUGUUGCUGCUUCUGCACUUGCUGUUGCUGCCGAGCAGAAGAGGACUAAAAUGCUGACAUAUUAUGAAGAUCAAACCGGCACCCAUUGCAUCUAUGAUACAGAUAUUGCAACCGGCUUGGGAGUGGGAUCUUUCCUGUCUCUUGUGGCUACUCAAAUCCUUAUAAUGGUAGCAAGUGGCUGCUUGUGCUGUGGCAAGGCCCUCAGACAAGGCGCCUCCAGGACUUGGGCUAUUGUGCUUUUCAUCAGCUCCUGGGUGACGUUUUUGAUAGCUGGAGCAUGCUUGCUGGCGGGAGCAGCCGGAAACUACCACCACACCAAGAUAAGGCAUCCUCCAUGCGAGAGGUUGAAGGGGGGCAUCUUCGCCGCGGGUGCUGCCUUCAUUCUCUUCUCCACCACAGCCUCUAAGCUCUACUACGUCUGCUACUCCAAGGCCAAAAUCGACGGCUUUGAGUCCGACAACUCCGCCGGCUUGGGGGAGAAUACACUAUGUUCCUUCCUGAUCAAAAGAGGGCGAUUGGAAGCGGGAUCGCAGCGGCAAGGCCCGGGCUUCGGCGACGAGUCCGUCCGGAGGGCGGCUGACACCUGCAAGCACUCUGACACUCAAAUAUGUGGGAUGUGUCGUAGGUGUUCUUCAACGAUCUUUAUAAAGAUCCCCUUUGGGCCAAGGUUUCCUCGCUUUGUCAGUAACAGGAAGAAUGAGGUAGGUGUAGGGGUUUCUGUGAACCUUGCGAGAGGAAUGGCUUCCGCAUAUGGUAAGAAAGAUAUCAAGGAAGAGAUGGACAUGUUUCGCAAGGAGAGAGGUAAAGCUGCGUUAGGCUCCAUUCCGGCAGAUAAGGCAGCUGGGAGGGCUUUUGUUGCGCUGGUACUUACUGCUCCUACCGCGUAA